AUGGAAGCUCCCACCUGCACCUUAAGCAACUUCGGCGGCCGCGACCACGAUCUCAUCGACAGCGGCUUUUUGGCCGACUGCGAGGUUGUCUGCGAUGGCAGGACCUGGAAGCUGCACAAACUCAUAUUGUGCUCGCGAUCCAACUAUUUCAGGGACCGUCUCCUCGAUGACUUGUCGAAGUUGGAGAAUAACAAGGUUGUCAUUGAGGAUUUCAAUGCUCAGCAGAUGGGACUGGUCAUAUCCUACAUCUAUGCCGGCAAUGUCAAGUUCGAGCACAUGAUGAGAAAAGGCGAGCGCUUGCAGACCUCGAUGCAGUUGUUGAAAUUGGGGCUUUACUUUCGCAUCGACGAACUUUUCUUCGACGUCUAUAACUUUAUUUACGACCACUUCAUCCCUUCGAUCCUCUGUUCUGCUCGUCAAGGAGAGUUGUCCGUCGAUCUCAAAGACUGGGCUGCCUCCUGCCGCCUCGUCUAUGGCACGUCCCCAAAGAUUGUCGGCGACCGCUGCCUCAAGAACAUCUUUUUGAGCCUCACUUUUGAUGACGGAGAUUUCCGCAAGGAGAUCUUGCAGAUGCCAGAGUUCAAGGCGCUCUGCUUGGAGUACCGCGACUUCGGUAGCGACAGCAUGAUAAAGCUACUUGCUAUCAAUGCUCUCGUUGUGGAGUAA